GAUUGAGAUCUUUAAUGUUUUUUAGAUCAACAUGAUGCAUAAGUUUAAAACUGCAUCUGUUUAAAGGGAUUUAUGACUAAAACUGCUUGUUUUUCUACAGAAUUGUCUGGUGUUUCUCAGCUUGAAGAAGAUCUGCAGUCAUUAUUGAUCCUCUUUCUUGGCGUUACCGUUUUUUGAAGUGAAGUUUGCCUAGCUUUCUAGUGUGAGCUCUCUUUUCAGCCAUCUUAAAAAAAAAAAAAAAAGAAUUUUUUUUAUCUAUAAAGUAGACAAGCUAUAGUUCUACAAUGUCCAAGUCAUUCCAGCAGUCAUCUCUGAGUAGGGAUUCACAAGGUCAUGGGCGUGACCUCUCUGCAGGAAUAGGCCUUCUUGCUGCUGCUACCCAGUCUUUAAAUAUGCCAGCAUCUCUUGGAAGGAUGAACCAGGGUACUGCACGCCUUGCUAGCUUAAUGAAUCUUGGAAUGAGUUCUUCAUUGAACCAACAAGGAUCUCAUAGUGCACUGUCUUCUGGUAGUACCUCUUCCCAUAAUUUGCAGUCUAUAUUUAACAUUGGAAGUAGAGGUCCGCUCCCUUUGUCUUCUCAGCACCGUGGAGAUGCAGACCAGGCCACUAACAUUUUGGCCAGCUUUGGUCUGUCUGCUAGAGACUUAGAUGAACUGAGUCGCUAUCCCGAGGACAAGAUUACUCCUGAAAACUUGCCUCAGAUUCUUCUACAACUUAAAAGGAGGAGAGCUGAAGAAGGUUAUGGUAGAGAUGGCAGAUCAUCCACACGGGAACCACCGUACAGAGUACCUAGGGAUGAUUGGGAAGAAAAAAGGCAUUUUAGAAGAGAUAGCUUUGAUGAUCGUGGUCCUAGUCUCAACCCAGUGGUUGACUACGACCAUGGAAGUCGUUCUCAAGAAUCUGGUUAUUAUGACAGAAUGGAUUAUGAAGAUGACAGAUUAAGAGAUGGAGAAAGGUGUAGGGAUGAAUCUUUUUAUGGUGAGACUUCGCAUAACUAUCAUAAAUUUGACAGUGAGUAUGACAGAAUGGGUCGUGGUCCUGGACCCGAGAGAUCUCUCUUUGAGAAAAAGAGAGGUGCUCCUCCAAAUAGCAAUAUUGAAGACUUCCAUGGAUUCUUACCGAAGGGUUAUCCCCAUCUGUGCUCUAUAUGUGAUAUGCCAGUUCAUUCUAAUAAGGAGUGGAACCAUCAUAUCAAUGGAGCGACUCACAGCCGACGUUGUCAGCUGCUGCUUGAAAUAUACCCAGAAUGGAAUCCUGACAGUGAUUCAGGACAUGGAAUGGGUGAUCCCUUCAUGUUGCAGCAAUCCACAAACCCUGCACCAGGAAUUCUGGGACCACCACCACCUCCGUUUCACCUUGGAGGACCUCCUGUUGGGCCAAGAGGAGCUGGAAAUGGAAAUAUGCAAGGACCGAGACACAUGCAAAAGGGCAGAGUGGAAACAAGCAGAGUUGUUCACAUCAUGGAUUUCCAGAGGGGAAAGAACUUGAGAUACCAGCUGCUUCAGCUUGUUGAACCAUUUGGAAUAAUUACAAAUCAUCUGAUUCUAAACAAAAUCAAUGAGGCAUUUAUUGAAAUGUCGACCACUGAGGAUGCCCAGGCUGCAGUAGAAUACUAUUCAACAACACCCGCGCUGGUAUUCGGUAAACCAGUCAGAGUCCACUUGUCACAGAAAUACAAAAGAAUAAAGAAACCCGAGGGUAAACCUGACCAGAAAACUGAGCCGCCAAAACCAGAACUUGGUCGUGUGAUUCACCUCAGCAAUUUACCUCAUUCGGGAUACUCUGACAACGCAGUGCUCAAACUGGCUGAACCGUAUGGAAAAAUUAAGAACUACAUACUCAUGAGAAUGAAAAGCCAGGCUUUCAUUGAGAUGGAGACCAGAGAGGAUGCUUUAGCUAUGGUUGAGCAUUGUGCCAACAAAGCGAUUUGGUUCCAAGGCAGGUGUGUGAAAGUGGAUUUAUCUGAAAAAUACAAGAAACUGGUGUUAAGGAUUCCAAACAAAGGAGUUGAACUGCUGAAAAAGGAUAAAACUAGAAAGAGAACUUACUCUCCAGACAGCAAAGAUUCUCCAAGUGAUAAGAAGCCUAAACCAGAUGCUACUCAGAAACCUGAAAGUGGCAAUGUAGAAGAUAAAGUGAAGGAGGAGAAACAAGAGGAUGCUGCUGCUGAGCCAUCAGGCCCCAAAACUAGUGAGCAGACAGACCAAGAUGAGCCUAGCUUACUUCUUGAAUCUGAAGAUGAGCUGCUAGUGGAUGAGGAGGAAGCAGCAGCACUGUUAGAAAGUGGCAGCUCAGCGGGAGAUGAUGCAGAUGUUGCCACUUUGGCUGAUGUGACUACUACAGAAGAAAAAAAGGACACAGCUGAUGAUGUGACCGUAAAAACUGAGGGGAAUGUUGUGGCCAAUCCAGCAGCAAAGAAAAAGCUUAAAAAGCGAUACGUGGGUGGCUUUCCACGGAGCAUGGAAGGUUUUGUCACUCUAGAUGAGGUCGGUGAUGAAGAAGACUCGGAUCAUCAAAAACUCCGCAAGGGUUUGGCAGUAAAAUCUGCUGGCAAAAACGAUGAUAGUUUGGCAGAAAUCAAGGUAGACAAGAUUGAGGAGCCAGAGCAGGAAAAUGAGACGUUAGAAAAUGGAACCAAAACCGAAGAGAAUUCAAAGGCUGACACUGUUGAAGCUGCUGAUACCACAACAGCGCAGGAUACUGAGAAAAAUGCCCAUGAAAAUACAGACACCCAGGAUGAACAGGAAACAAAGAAUGUCCAAGAGAAGUCUCUUGUUCCGGAUGAAUUUAGGAUUGGACCAUACCAGCCAAACGUCCCUGUCGGUGUGAAUUAUGUGGUACCCAAAACAGGGUUUUAUUGCAAAUUGUGUUCCCUGUUCUACACAAAUGAAGAUGUUGCAAAAAAGACCCAUUGCAGCAGCCUUCCUCAUUAUCAAAAGUUGAAGAAAAUUCUGGAUAAAAUGGCAGAAGACCACAGACAAAAGAAGGAAGCUUAGAAGGAAGGAUGGAUGUAAGGAAAACAGUGGCUUUGUUUUUAAUGUUAAUCUUUUUUAAAAGCAGUACAAGUAGUAGAUGGAAAUACUGUAUUCUUUUUUGUUUUAGUGAAAUACAGUAGGCAUUAUAGGUCUGUUCAUGUGUUAAAUGUUGUAGCAAAAAGCAUAUGCAGUUAAGUUAAUGACAAAAAUUUGUUCUUAAUGUGAGAAUGGCAACAAGUUUUUGUUUUGACACUUCAAGCUAUUAAAGAAAAAAAAUCUUGCACCGUUGUGGAAAGCUCAUCUAUGGGAAGAAAACUUCAUUUAAGUGAAAUUUACUACUUUCAAGCUUCAGAAAUUGUCUUUCAAUUCCAUUCUCAAUAAAAAAUAAAAAGUAACGCUGUAUUUUUAUUUUUAUCUAGAACAUUCCAUGUUUCAGUCUGAGCCUAGCAGAUAUUUAAUUUUGAUUGUAAGGCUGUCAUUGCAUUUCACUUUUGAAAAGUCUUUAAAUGUAAGUUGCAUUUUUAAAUGUUGAAUUGCAGUUUCUUUUAAUGUCAUUGCUGUUACAUAGCAAAUAGGAAAACUAGUGAUUAGUCAGCUUUACAACUUUGUGAUUUUUUUUUUUCCCCAAAACUCUUGAUAGACUCUCCUAUUCAGCUAUUCCGUGUAUUUUUGGUGAAGAGUAAAUGCCCAUUCUCCUCUGACCAGUAUUAUUUCCUUGAGCUCUGCCUGCUUUUACUUGAAACUUGUAGCUGUCGUACAUCUCUAGUAUAUUCAAAAGCAGCAUUGGAGUCCUGAAAUGUAAAAAGGUAUCUUUAUAUUCUUCACAUGUAAUUUUUUCAUACCUGCAUUUUAAAACCAUUUUUGUUAAAAUCUGGUUUCGUCAAGAAUCUUUAGAACUGUGCUCUUAAUGUACCUGCACAUGUGAUAUGUGAACAGGAAUUUGCAUGUGUAACCUGUGUUUAUCUGUAGUUUUUGUUAUUUACUGCUUAUUUGUGAAUUCGGGUUACUAAAGUGAUUUACCAAUAAACAAAGCUAGGCAACAG